AUUAGCCAAUUACAUAUUCUUUCUCCUAUCUUUUAAGAUAAGCCCUUCUGUACAUUAACAAAUUUGCGUCCAUAUCACACUCAAUACGCCAUUCCAACACAAUACAAACUCAUUCAGGAAGAAAAAUUUGGCCAAAUAUGGCUUCUGUUGUUGCUUCUUCUGCCAUUGCAGCUGUUGCUGUCUCCUCUCCGAGGCAACUUUGCUCAAAACCCAUAUCAGCAAUUGCAAUUAUGAUGCUAAAACCAAAUGUUCUUAGAUAUAAUAAGGUGAAAGAACCAAUUAAUCACAUGUAUAAUCACUUUUUAUAAUACCUUUAUUGUUAAUAGUAACAGUUGAAACUGCAAUUAAUGAUAGAUUCUAGAUGUAAUAAAUUAAUGAUACAGUUCUUGAAAAGUACAAGUAAAUGAUGAAUGGUAAGUGUUUCAGUUCCCAGAAAAGUGGAUCCAUAGUAGGGGCUACAAAGGCUUCUUUCCUUAGUGGGAAGAAAUCGAGAUUAAGAAACUACACAUUGCCAGUAGCUUCAAGGUUUGUUACUGUUUGUGCUGCAGCUGAUCUUUAUAGACCCCUGUGGUUCCCAGGCAGCACCCCUCCCCCAUCGCUCGAUGGCAGUCUCCCUGGAGAUUUUGGCUUUGAUCCCUUGGGUCUUGGAUCUGAUCCCGAAACCCUGAGAUGGAAUGUACAGGCAGAGCUUGUGCACUGCAGAUGGGCAAUGUUGGGUGCUGCUGGUAUUUUCAUCCCAGAAUUCCUAACCAAGAUUGGCAUCUUAAACACCACAUCAUGGUAUGAAGCUGGAAAACUGGAAUACUUUGCUGAUACCACAACCCUUUUCAUUACUGAGCUCAUAUUUAUCGGAUGGGCCGAGGGGAGAAGAUGGGCAGAUAUUCUCAAACCGGGGUGUGUUAACACAGACCCGAUCUUCCCCAACAACAAGCUCACUGGAACUGAUGUGGGUUACCCAGGUGGGCUAUGGUUUGAUCCUCUUGGAUGGGGAUCUGGUUCUCCCGAGAAGAUCAAGGAAUUGAGGACAGAGGAGAUCAAGAAUGGGAGAUUGGCAAUGUUGGCUGUGAUGGGUGCUUGGUUCCAACACAUCUACACAGGCACUGGCCCAAUUGACAACCUCUUUGCUCACCUUGCUGAUCCUGGCCAUGCCACCAUUUUCGCUAUUUUCACCUCCAAGUGAAGAACCCAGAGAGAAUGCCAAGAACAGGCUCAAAAGAUUUGUAUUGGUGUAAACAAAAACCUUCCUGUCAUUAGAACUUGUAAUGCCUGUGUUUAUGAUAGCUUUCUCAUAAAAUGA